AUCAGCCAUCGCAUAGUAGUGAGGCAAGUGACACCAGGAGUUAACCCCUCAGUCAGUCUGAAAACUGAAGUACACUAUGUGAAUAGAACCAAAGUCAAAGAAAUCAACCCCUCAGACAUCCUUAAGGUCCUUGAGUCAGACUUCUCAGAAAGAGCUGGAGAAGAGGAUCCUGUGUCUCAAGAUGAUCUCAAGUUCCUGUCAAAGAUAAGAGAAAACAUCACACAAAAAGAUGAUGGGCACUACGAAAUGCCAUUACCGUUCAAACAGGAAAGACCAAAACUACCGAACAACAAGAUAUGUGCAACACAUCGUCUUAAUUGUCUUCAAAGGAGGCUAAAGAAGAAUGAAACAUACUACAAGGAUUACGUGAACUUCAUGAACGACAUAAUUUCACGUGGCGAUGCAGAGAAAGUUCCUGAAGAGGAAAUUGACCACAGCCCGGCUUGGUAUAUUCCACACCAUGGAGUUUAUCAUCCGCAAAAACCAGGGAAAAUCCGUGUGGUAUUUGACUGUUCUGCCAAAUUUCAAGAAACAUCUCUUAACGAUCAUCUACUCACCGGACCGGACCUGACAAACAUGUUAGUGGGUGUCCUGUGUAGAUUCCGAAAAGGCUCCAUCGCAGUGAUGUGUGACGUUGAAAGGAUGUUCCAUCAGUUUCAUGUGAAAAAGGAAGACCAGGAUUACUUACGAUUCCUAUGGUGGGAGUAUGGCAAUCUGGAAACCACACCCACAACCUACAGAAUGAAGGUCCACCUGUUUGGAGCGGCUUCGUCUCCCGGCUGUGCCAACUUUGGCUUGAAACAUCUGGCGGCACAAGGGUAGGGUCUGUACAGUGAAGACACGAUCCACUUCAUACAAAGAAACUUCUACGUAGAUGAUGGGCUGGCAAGUGUUCAUACUGAGAGGGAGGCCAUCCAGCUCGUCAAGGAAUCAAGAGAGCUUUGCGCCGCUGGCAAGCUAAGACUCCACAAGUUUGUCUCUAAUGACAAGAAUGUGAUGGCAUCCAUCCCAGAAGAAGAACGUGCUACAAUUAAAGAGCAAGACAUGGCCUUGAGCUUACCUCAUAUGGAGAGAGUGCUUGGAGUUGAAUGGUGCAUCACUUCUGAUUCAUUCAGAUUCAGAGUUCAAGUAAAGUCCAAUCCACUGACCAGAAGAGGUGUGCUCUCUACAGUAGCCUCGGUGUAUGAUCCAUUGGGAUUCAUGGCACCUUUUGUCCUUAUUGGGAAACAAAUUCUUCAACAAAUGUGCAGAGAAAAGAUUGGCUGGGAUGAUGAAAUUCCAGUAAACCUAAAGCCCCAGUGGGAGUCCUGGAUCAGAGACCUACCCAAUCUAGCUGAAAUGGAAAUCAAAAGAUGCUACUUACCUGCAAGUUUUGGCAACAUUAAGAGUCAUGAACUUCAUCAUUUUUCCGAUGCAAGCACCUCUGGAUAUGGUGAAUGUACUUACCUGCGAGUCAUCAAUGAGUCCAACGAUGUCCAUUGCUCUCUAUUAAUGGGAAAAUCAAGAGUCUCACCAACCAAAGUGACAACAAUACCAAGACUGGAGCUCAGUGCAGCAGUAGUUGCAGUCCGCACCAGUGACAUGCUCCGCAAUGAAUUGGAAAUCCAAGACCUGCAAGAAUACUUUUGGACGGACUCUACAGUCGUCCUCGGCUACAUAAACAACGAUGCAAGAAGAUUUCAAGUGUUUGUAGCCAACCGCAUACAAAGAAUCAAGUCAAGUACGAAGCCUGAACAAUGGUUCCACGUUGCAUCUGAGGAUAAUCCGGCCGACCAUGCGUCCCGAGGAUUGACUGCAGAGCAACUCAAGACCUCCAAUUGGUUCAGCGGACCGAAGUUUCUUUGGCAAAAGGACCUACCUGAUAGAGCUUGCAAGGUGGAAGAAGUUAAGGAAGAUGAUCCUGAGCUCCGCAAGGCUCUUGUGUUGAGUACUAAGGCAAGGGAGAACAGAUCACUUUUAGACCGCCUUGAGAAGUUUUCUGACUGGUCAAGGGUAGUGCAAGCAGUUGCCAGAUUGAAAUGACGAGU